GCUACGUUGCAUGCUGCCGCUGCCGCUUCGCUCGUCGCGUGGCAUGGCAGGUGGCUUGCUGCUGCGGUGGCUCUCGCUCUGCGUGCUCCCGAUGCAGAGUCGGCGUCGCGGGCGGCGCGCGGCGCGGCUGGUGAUGUGGGGCGGGGAGGCGCAGGCGGCCGUGCCCGGGAGGGCGGCGGGGGAGGUCAUGCUGGAGCACGCCGGCCGCGUGGUGUGCCGCGCGGACGGGUUCCGCAUCGGCCGGCCCGCGCCGGUGCUCGACAUGGAGGACCGGCUGGAGGCCGGGCGCACGUACGUCGUCCUCCCCGUUGACAGGCUCCCGUGCGGCGGCCGGGACGCCGUUGUCACCGCGGCGUCGCUCGCGGCUCUCUCGUACGGCGGCAAGGGUGCCGGCGCCGGCGCGUCGUCGGCCUCGCAGUCACUGGCAGAGGGCGCGAGGAGUCCGUUCGAGUACGUGAAGGAUGAUGAAGGGCGGACGGUUAUCAGGGUCACGGAGGAGUUCAUCGUGAAGGCCGUCACGGGUGGGAAGCCACGUUGUGACGGCGGCGAUGGGGACGACGCGGAGGGGUGUGGGGUGCUUUGCAGCACGCCCGAAUUGAGGAAGCACUACGAGCAGCUUGUGGGCGCGGCCAGGGGGCGGCCUUGGUCGCCGGGGCUGGACACGAUCAAGGAGCGGAAGGGGCGCAGGGUUGUGGACGUCGUGAGCUCGGGGAGGUUAUCGCCGGUCAGGCUGCUGGGGCUCGGCAAGGGACUGAGCUAGGUAGGAUGCUGGCCUUGUAGAUGCAGAUGCAAAUUAAAAUUGCAAUCAAAGUCAACGAACUUCUCCUUGAGAUCCAUGGGACCAUGGCCUCCAGGAGGAAGGCGAUGUAUGGGAAGCGCGGACGGCCGGAACGCGGCGGCGCUCAGGCGGGCCAUAGCGUGCAGCAGAGGCGAGCCAUACCGUCCACCCCUAGAUCCCUUGCGUCCGUCCGUCCGAUUAGGCCAUUCUCUGCCGAGAUAAUUUGUGAAUCGUCUCGCUUUCCCUUCCCCGAGUUCCCUCAUCAUCCCCUCGAGGCCUCGACAACAUGAGACGAGAAGGCGGGGCUCCGGCCGGCGUGGGCAGUGGUACCGGGCUCUGUCGAUGGACGACACGCCACGGGCUGCUGAACCGGGAAGCCAUACACGAAGCCCAGCUCUGUCCAUUGCCUGAUCACUGCGACUGACGUGCUCGUCCUCUCUGGCUCUCCGCUCCGCCGUUCACGACGGCGCCGUCAGCCGAUUUGUUUGUACGUCAUUGGUGUGCCUGCGAAGUCGUCAGCCAUCGUUCUUGCGUCUUCAACAGGUACGAAACUACAGAUGCGUGGCCUUGGCCGAUAUGCAAGCAAACAGGCGUCCGGCACACCACGCAUCGUUGCUCCGCUGGCCACGGCAUGACGCAGCGGAGCCUUCCGUCGUCCACGUACGGCCGCUGCAAUAUUGUGUCAUGGGUGGAGGAAUAUGCAGUGAGCGAGCUGGAACUGUUGGGCUGCUAGGGAUAAAAGAAUUCGAUCACAACACAAGCACCGGUAUACGCGUGAAAGUAGCUCAAGUAGGCCUAUGUUGUUGGAGUUAAUCUUAUUUUUAGUAGUAUCAAGUUGUAUUAGUGCAAGUAUGGCUUGCGUUUGCAUGCAUGUACAUGUUGAGCCGUGUUGCCGUAGAAAUCGUGUACGAGUCGGAGUUUGUUUACCGGCAUGCAUGUAAAGUCAUAGGAGUCCCGUUGUUGCACGAGCAGACUUUGCGGCGUAUGGGGCAAGUCGAGUUGUCGUAAUGGCCGUUAUGCAAAAUUAGUUUUUGACAAUAUAUUCGUAAUUAUACUUA